UUAAAGGGAUCGAGGUUCCGAGGAACAUGACCUCUGCAAACAAACCAUGAUACCCCAACCGUUGACGUUACUGUUUCUUCUUCCUUCCCUAUCCAAACCCCAUUUGUCUCCUUUAUUUCUUGCUUCUUGCAAUAAGCAUUCACACCCGUUUCUAUUUCUAAUUAAUGUAUUUAUUUUCUUAUUUGAAAUAGACUUCUCUCCAAUAAAGGCAAUAACACCACCUUAUCUGUUUCCUCACUUGUAAGGGUACUCAGAUUUGAACCCAGUUCGGGAGAAAAAGUUUGUUAAUUGAUUCGAAGAGUUUAGAUUAUGGCAAUAGCUCGGUUAGUUAGGCAAGCAAAACGCCCUCAUGGGUUAUGGGUAAAGAUGACAGCUGUGACCAUAUUGGGUCUCUGCUUUAUCUUUGUUUGGGCAGUGUUUUCUUCUUCUUCUUCCUCUGUCACAACACAAAGGGAAAGUUUUGAGGACAUUGCAGAACCUGUGUCUGCUUCUAGGACUCAAAGACCAACACCCAAGAAGCCCAAACCAGAAAAGCAUGAAGUUUCAAUCACGUUGAAAGAUAAGAAUGAGAAAAAAAUUAAUGGGUCUUCUCCUGCCACACAUCUUCAUCCUAAGCCUGCGAAGAAACCGGUGCAUAAGGAAGAUAAAGAGAAUCGGAAUCAAGGGUCAGGGGAUCCCCAUCCAGAGGAAGAUGAAGAAGUGUUGGAGGCUAAAGAAGAAGGAUUUGAUCGUGACAGUGAUGUGGACGUUGAUGCUGGCAGUGAUUUGGUUGAUUCUGUAGAUCAGGAUUCUGAGAUGUUGUUGGAAGAUGGAAGCGUGGAGGAGUCUAAGAAAACAAGUAAGAGAAAUGUAAAGGGACCGUUGUUUGAUCCGAAUGCUAAUUAUAAAUGGAAAUUGUGUAGCACUAGAAGCAAGCAGAACUACUUGCCCUGCAUUGAUAUUGAAGCUGGUGGUGGAAAGGUACAAAGCUACCGUCAUAGUGAGAGGAGUUGCCCAAGGACACCCUUGAUGUGUUUGGUUCCUCUUCCACAUGAAGGGUAUGGGUCUCCACUGCCAUGGCCUGAGAGCAAAUUGAAGAUAUUGUAUAAGAAUGUUGCUCACCCCAAACUAGCUGCUUACAUAAAAAGGCAUAGAUGGCUGAUGGAGUCUGGCGAGUAUCUUACUUUUCCUCAAAACCAGUCUGAGUUCAAGGGUGGGAUUAAUCACUACCUUGAGUCCAUUGAAGAGAUGGUACCGGACAUUGAAUGGGGUAAAAAUAUUCGUGUUGUCCUGGACAUCGGAUGUACAGAUUCGAGCUUUGUGGCUGCUCUCCUUGAUAAGGAGGUUUUAACAUUGUCACUAGGCUUGAAGGAUGACCUAGUGGACUUAGCUCAAGUGGUACUGGAGCGUGGCUUUCCAGCAGUGGUUAGCCCUUUUGGUAGAAGAAGGCUUCCUUUUCCAAGUCAAGUUUUUGAUGUUAUACAUUGUGGGGGUUGCAGCAUACAAUGGCAUUCCAAUGGGGGUAAGCUUCUAUUAGAGAUGAAUCGGGUUCUAAGACCUGGUGGAUACUUUGUCAUGUCAACUAAACAUGACAGCAUUGAAGGAGAAGAAGCCAUGACCAGGUUGACAGCAUCUAUUUGUUGGAAUGUUCUGGUACAUAAAAGCGAUGAUGUCGGGGAAGUUGGAGUUAAAAUAUAUCAAAAGCCUGAAGGAAAUGACAUAUAUGAAUUGAGGAGGAAGAAGAUUCCGCCACUUUGCAAAGAAAAUGAAAAUCCUGAUGCAGUAUGGUAUGUUACAAUGAAGAAUUGUUUGCACCCCAUUCCAUCUGGAAUUGAACAACAUGGGGCAGAGUGGCCUGAGGAAUGGCCCAAGAGGCUUGAAUCUUAUCCUGACUGGGUAAACAAUAAGGAGAAAUUGGUUGCAGACACCAACCAUUGGAAUGACAUUGUUAACAAAUCAUAUCUCAAUGGAAUGGGCAUUAACUGGACAAGUAUCCGGAAUGUAAUGGACAUGAAAGCCAUCUAUGGAGGAUUGGCUGCAGCUCUCUCUCAACAGAAGGUUUGGGUGAUGAAUGUAGUCCCUGUUCAUGCACCGGAUACACUUCCCAUCAUUUUUGAACGUGGGCUUCUUGGUGUCUAUCAUGAUUGGUGUGAGUCAUUUGGCACUUACCCUAGAACAUAUGACCUUUUGCAUGCUGAUCAUUUGUUCUCACGGCUCAAAAACAGGUGCAAGCAGCCUGUGUCCAUUGUUGCUGAGAUGGACCGUAUACUACGGCCCGGAGGUUGGACAAUCAUACGUGACAAAGUUGAAAUCCUAAAUCCAUUGGAGGCAAUAUUGAAAAGUUUGCACUGGCAGAUUAUAAUGACUUUCGCCCAGGAUAAAGAGGGUAUCAUAUGUGCACAGAAAACUAAGUGGAGGCCUUAAAUCUCCCUUGUUAUGUGCAAUUUUCUUCUUGUAUCACACAUGACUUGAAUCACCAUGUUCUUUCUUUAAACGUGAAACGAUAUGAAGGAAAUUUUAUGGGCAUCCUUCA